CUUAAGCUGCCCAUACAUUAUUCAAUUUCCUUUAGCUUCACCUUCAACUGUUUAGUGCAGGGGCCUUCAAGGCACCCUCUAAAGAUCUGGACAGUCCCGAGGCACCCUCUAAAAUUAUGGACAGUCCCGAGGCACCCUCUAAAAUUAUGGACAGUCCCGAGGCACCCUCUAAAAUUAUGGACAGUCCCGAGGCACCCUCUAAAAUUAUGGACAGUCCCGAGGCACCCUCUAAAAUUAUGGACAGUCCCGAGGCACCCUCUAAAAUUAUGGACAGUCCCGAGGCACCCUCUAAAAUUAUGGACAGUCCCGAGGCACCCUCUAAAAUUAUGGACAGUCCCGAGGCACCCUCUAAAAUUAUGGACAGUCCCGAGGCACCCUCUAAAAUUAUGGACAGUCCCGAGGCACCCUCUAAAAUUAUGGACAGUCCCGAGGCACCCUCUAAAAUUAUGGACAGUCCCGAGGCACCCUCUAAAAUUAUGGACAGUCCCGAGGCACCCUCUAAAAUUAUGGACAGUCCCGAGGCACCCUCUAAAAUUAUGGACAGUCCCGAGGCACCCUCUAAAAUUAUGGACAGUCCCGAGGCACCCUCUAAAAUUAUGGACAGUCCCGAGGCACCCUCUAGAAUUAUGGACAGUCCCGAGGCACCCUCUAGAAUUAUGGACAGUCCCGAGGCACCCUCUAGAAUUAUGGACAGUCCCGAGGCACCCUCUAGAAUUAUGGACAGUCCCGAGGCACCCUCUAAAAUUAUGGACA